GCUGAUUUUAGAGAUUCAAAAUCUAAGUCAUCGCAUAAAGGUAGACAGAAUGUGCGUUUUUCUAAACUAGGCUCUGAAGGCAGUAGCCAAAAAAGUGACAAUAAUGUUCCAAAGUUCAGAUCUAAGUACAUGACUGGUGAUGAAAUAGAGAGCAUCCUGAAAAUGCAGCAUCCUGCAACACACGGCAAUGAUCCAUAUGCGGAUGAUUAUUAUUACCAAGCUCGCCUUGCAAAGAAAGCAGCUGAGUCGAGGUCAAAACCUCGCUUUUGUCCAAACAAGGAGCAACCUUCAAGAUCACGUAAUACUACAGACUCACAACCUCACCUCCAUGUUGAUGCUAAGGGGCAGAUUUCAUUUUCUUCCAUCCGAAGGCCUCGUCCUCUUCUUGAAUGUGAUCCACCAGGAUUUGUAUGUAAUGGCAGUGGUGAUCAGAAGAUGUCUGAGAAACCUUUGGAGCAGGAACCAAUGCUUGCUGCUAGAAUAACAAUAGAGGAUGGUUUCUAUCUUCUCCUUGAGGUUGAUGACAUUGAUAGGCUACUUCAGUUUAGUCAGCCUCAAGAUGGUGGUAUUCAGCUGAGGCGAAAGCGGCAGAUUCUGUUGGAGGGCAUGGCUGCCUCACUUCAGCUUGUUGACCCGCUUGGAAAAAGUGACAGUUCAGUACGGCUGACCCCUAAAGAUGACAUUGUGUUCUUAUGGUUGGUGUCUCUCCCAAAAGGCCGGAAACUCAUUUCAAGGUAUCUUCAGCUUCUUGUACCUGGUGGUGAGCUUGCAAGAAUAGUUUGCAUGGCAAUUUUUCGCCAUUUAAGGUUUUUGUUUGGCGGCCUUCCACCCGAUCUAGGGACUGCUGAGACUAUCACUGCUCUAGCAAAAACAGUUUCUGCAUGUACAAGUGGCAUGGACCUUAAUUUGCUUAGUGCUUGUUUAGCUGCUGUUGUUUGUUCCUCAGAGCAGCCACCUCUUCGACCUCUUGGAAGCCCUGCUGGAGAUGGAGCCUCUGUUAUUCUGAAAUCUGUUCUUGAAAGGGCAACUUAUCUCUUGACUGAUCCUCAGGCGGUUAGCAGCUUCAGCAUGGCUAAUCCUGCCCUUUGGCAGGCAUCUUUUGAU